CGGUCAAAAAGAAAAAAAGAAAAAGUACAGAACGUUUGACUGAAGUAAUAGUUUGGACCAUUCAGUCAAGUGUACACCUCAGAGCUUUCACUUUCGUCAGAAUAAUAGUUUAUAGUUAGUUGCUAAAUAACAAAGAAAAUCUAUUAUUGAAUAAGGAAGCAUGAAGUAAAAAUAAGAGAAGAAAACUUUAUAAGAGAAAGUAAACUGAUUAUCACGUGACCAAAACAAAAAUGGUGUCAUAGGAAUGUUUUUGUGAGUUGAGCUAGCUUCGGUGUUAGGUUUAUUUAGUUUUUUUAUAACAUAUUGUUAUUAACAUUAUUAUUAUUUCGCCAAGAAAAAGUGUAUAUGCACGUAGAAUAUUAGUGCUACGUGAGAAGUAAGAAAACCAAGAGGAUAGGUAGAAAAGUACGGGUUGUCGUCAGUCGCACUAACUCUUUCUGUCAAGUCGAUCUGCGACUUUACUGAACACAGACACAAUGGAAGGUGGGGAAACAGAAGCGUACAAAUCACUCGAAGCAAAAAUUGUUUUACUCGGAUCGCAAGCUGUAGGAAAAACCAGUCUUAUCAUUCGUUAUGUUGGCGGCAUAUUCAGCAAGCACGUCAGUCCAACGAUAGGGGCCUCAUUUUUCACACAUAAGUUGACUCUGGACAAAUAUAGAAUUAAGCUACAAGUUUGGGAUACUGCCGGACAGGAACGAUUUCGCUCCAUGGCCCCUAUGUAUUAUAGAAAGGCUAAUGCUGCAUUACUGAUGUAUGAUAUCACAUGUAAAGAUAGCUAUUAUGAAAUCAAGGACUGGGUCAAAGAGUUGAAUAAAAAUGUUGAUACACCUAUAGUGCUGUGCCUUCUUGGGAACAAACAGGAUCUGGAACACCAAAGAAGAGUAUCCUCGGCGGAAGCCCAACAAUAUGCCAAAUCCAUUGGAGCAUACUUCUUUGAGACAUCAGCAUUAUUUAAUACAGGUAUUGAUGAAACAUUUUUGAAAUUAGCUCAAGGCCUCAUCGAAUUAAGUGAAAAACCAAACUCUGGACUAAAAGUUCAUAGUUCUCCCUCUUUUGAAGGAUAUGAAACAAACAACACAGUGCAAUUGGACAAAUCAAAACCCGAUGAUGAGACUAAUUGCGCCUGCUGAACUUAAACAAUUACCAAUUAUUACAGUAAAUAUAAUCGAGUCGAGAUUGACAGGUGGUAAUUGACUAACAUAUUGACAUAGACUAGACACAAAUUUGAAGGCAAACGAAACAUAAAAUACAUUGACAAAAAAGAUCCUUUUGAUGCUGAAUCUAACUAUACCAAACAAUUGUAUAGAGGCUUCCUUGGAGUUAAUGAAAGAACUGUAAAGUAAUCACCAACCUACAGGCAAUACCCUACAAGCCUCACAAAGCAAGAACACACUGGAUGAUGAAGUUCAAUGUACACUAUACCUGUAUAAAAGAUGGGCUGAUCACAUCUGGAAUAUCUUUAAUCACAGGUCUGCUUGAUCAGGGUUAAACAACAUAUGCUAGCAUAUGCCCCAUUAACAAAUCAUCUGCCUUCACUUUUUUCCUUUUUUUUUUAUUACCAAAAUGACUCUUUCCAACAAAUUGUUGAUUGUCACAAAUAACUUUGUAUCCCUGUGACUAUAUAUUUUAAUAUGCUGUCAAUUUUCCAAGACUAACAUAUAUAUAUAUAAAUAAUACAAAAUGGGACAUAUAUAUAUAUAUAUAUACAUACAUAGAAGUAAUUAAUCUCCAUGCUGAUCAGGCACUUUUGAUGUGGUGCAGGGAAUAUAAAUAAACAGACACCCAAACAUAAAAUACACUCACAUACACACAUUUGCAGUAUCAUUACUGUUAUACACUUAAUUCCAUCCACUGCCCUCUCUCACUCACAAAAUACAUUCACACAUGUAUAUACCUCUGUAUUCCUAUACACAAAUACAUAUAUGCAUGCAUACAAAUACACACAUGCAUACCCAUACAUACAUUUAAACCUGUAGUUUCCUCCUAUCAUCUAUUUUAUUACCUUAUUGCUUUUCUAUUUAAGUAGAAUCUACUGAGCCACUCUAUAUUUGCGAUAUGGUAGUAUGUGAUAGGAACUACUAAGGACAAUAAUAUAGGAACUUAGUUAACCCAUAUUCAUGCCAAAAUAUCAGUAGAUUAUACAUGUAACGUUUUUGUGUGUCUGUGUGUGUGAGUAAAGAGAAACAAAGGAAGGUUUUUAAUUAUUAUAUAUUUUAUACAUAUAAUUGGUUUCACAAACAGAAGAAAGUUGACUAUUUUCUUUUUAGCUGAGAAGCUCCAAGAGAUUCUGGAGUUUUAUGCCAAUGCACUUAUCAAAGUUUGAUAAGCACAUUAGUGUGAAACUCUAGAGGGACCUGGAACCUGUUGGCUACUAGUGGUUAGGGUGUUUGGUUUACAGUUGUAAUGUUGUGGGUUCAACCUCUGGAUCAUGUGGUACUUUGUGUCCUUGUGAGUGGUACUUCAUUUCAUGUUGCUCCAGUCUACACAGCUGAAAGUGAGUACCAGCCUUGUGCUGGUGCAGUUCCCUCUCUCUCUCUAGUUGUCACAUCCUGGGUAUGCCCCUGGAUGAUAGAGAGGGAGAGUUGAGGGGGUAUCUAUGUGAGCUUGUAAAGAAUUUAAAACAAUUGGUGGAAGCAUGGUACAAACUAUUCUAUAUUUUUAGAAUGAGGAAUUAUGUGCAUUACUUACAAUGGACAGAUAGGAGUCCUCAUCUUGUUUGUUAACACAAUGUUUCAGCUGAUGUACUCUCCAGCCUUCAUCAAGUGUUGUGGUGGACCUAUCUGCCCAUUGUAAAUAAUGGGCAUGGUACAUGCUACCAAGCCCUACUCAUAUAUGGGUGACACUUGGCUCUUCAUAUAUAUAUAUAUAUAUAUAUAUAUAUAUAUACAUGCAUACAUAUACUAUAUUUUUGUAAGGAAAAUAUUUGACACAGACAUGGCUGUGUGGUAAGAAUUUUGCUUCCCAACCACGUGGUUCCAGGUUCAGUCCCACUGUGACACCUCCUACAAGUGUCUUCUUCAGCCAAAGCCUUGUGAAUAGAUUUGGUUGGCAGAAACUGAAAGAAGCCUGUCAUGUGUGUGUGUAGGUGUGUCUGUAUUUGUCCCUCACCACUGCUUCGUUACCAGUGUUGGUGUGUUUACAUCCCCAUAACUAAGCAGUUCGGAAAAAGAUACUGAUAGUAUAAGUACCAGACUUAAAGAAAAUAAGCUCAUCUAAAAACUCUUUAAGGUGAUGCCCCCAAAAUGACCUCAGUCUAACGACCGACUGUGUAACCAUGAUUGGACUUGAUCAUAAUAUAAUUAAAAGUUGUAAGAGAGCAGUAUCCAUGAAGUUGGAUAAGUUAAGAGGUAUAUACUGAAUAUCAUACUCAAAUUUUUAAUUUAUUGAAAUUCACCGCUGCAACAGGCAAGGGAGAUAAAUUUAUUUGGUGGCAACUGUUAAGAGCUCUAAAGCAAGGGGACAUAAUUUCAUGAACUCCAAUUCUCCGUUGGAAUUGUUUGAUGAAGAGAGAUAACUAAAACAUAGUGUUUCACUUUGACCUCAACUGCAUAGUAUAGCCUUAAUUCUGCUACCAAAUCACUUGUAGACAAUUUUGUAUAUACAAAAAGAAUCUAGUAUAUUUUUGUUCAAGGGGGAUUUCCAUAAUUAAAAACUAAAACGAACAAAUUCAAAGGAGACAGUGGCAUGGAUUAGGAUAAUUAACUUAAAAUGGUGAUACACUGAAUGCUAUAUUCAUCAAAUUCUUAAUUUCUUGAAAUUUUCCUUAAAGACUAAGAAAGAAAACUAAAAACUAGCAGAAAUUGUUAGUAACUCUGAAGAAGGAGGGGAGAUAAUUUCAAGACUAUAUUUCUGACUCAUUUAACAUGCUUGGGAAGUCUAAGCUCUCUAUAGUGGUUGUGAUUGAAUCAGCCUUUAAGCCAAGGAUUACUUCCCUUUUGUUCCUUAUGAAACAAAGAACUUGGGUUGGUAGAAGUGGCUAAAAUCCCUUGAACCGAGCUUCAGUUCAAUUACUAAAACCAAUAUAAAAGAGUUUAACUUCAGCUGCAAACUUCAUUAAGCUUUUAUUCCCAUGAGUUAGCUUCAAUUGCUUUAUUUUAGGGGUCAGAGUGAAUGUUUAAAUUCAUGCUAGCAAAGCUCAGUGUGGUUAACUCAAGUGAGUGAAUGUUUAAAUGCAGUUCAUAAAAUUUAAUAAGUAAAAGUAAAACAACUACCUAAAUAUAACUUUAGAUUAAUAAUUCUAACUUCAAAUCCACUGCAAGCAUUUUGCUGUUUUGUAGGGCUGUACACAUGAUUCCUAGAACCACAGUUUUCCUACAUUAAUCUAUGGUAGACAGGUUUCCUUUCCUUGAAGACAGUUAUCUUACUCAUCUCCUUCACAUCACAAAACCAAGACCAAAAUACUGGUCCUCAAAAAUUCUGCUGAAAUUUUUACAUUUAAUUGGCCCAAAUACAAACCAACAAGGAAACCUUUAAGUAGUCAUUCAAUCUGCUAGAAAUAUCAACUAAAUUUCCCUUGAAUCACAUCCUACCAUCUUUAAUUAAAGGUGGAUACAGUGGAUUACUAACUUUAUAGGGACAUUUAUCAAUCAACCCUCAUGAUAUUUAGCAGUCAUAUUCCACUAUUAGAUAACCAAAAUACUUUGUCAACGAGCCAGUCCAGCUGGUUAUAAAAUAGGUACCGCAUGUUAGAAUGGCUGGGUCCCACUGAUGUAAGCAGUGGCAAUAAUGUUAUAUUACCUUUGAAUAUUAUUUUCUUCGGUUCAUAGUGCUACAGUGUUCAUGUGGUGGUGCAUACUGUUAGUCCUAAGGACAUGGUUCAAACUUCAGCUCUGCUUCAGAAUAGGGACAAAGUGAAUAGUCCCUGCUGCCAUUUUCUCCCUAUUUGCACACAACUCUGUAUAUUCACUGCUUAUUGUGUCACUUUCUCCUAUUAUGACAAAUCCUGUACAUUAUAUAAUCAGAAAUCAAGGACUGAAUUACUUUAGGAAUCCAUAAAUCUUCUACAUUCUGAAAAUUGCCAAAUUCUUUACAAAAAAAAAAUUUUUUUUUUUUUUGCAUAACUGAAGAAAAAACUUCAUUUAUGGGGUUUUUUUAAAAGGAAAAAAGAAAGAACAAAUAUAUAUAUAUUGUUUCUA